UGUGCUUCGUGUUUUUUUCAACGAAUUUUAAGAAAUAAAGUACAACCAAUUUCGGAGGAAACCUGGAACGUCACAAGGCUCAAGUUAAAAGAGGCCACACAAUGACGUAAAGUGCCAGCCAUAAUUCCUACCGAUGUGUAACGGCGGACAACUAAAUGUUGGCUGAUGCUGCUGGAGAUCACAUGGAUUCAGAAGAAGCUCCCAAAAUAAUCAAACAAGUGAUUCCAGCUGAUGACAGAGUUGAGUCAAACCAGGAGAAUUUUGCCGUCCUUGACUCCAAAGCUAGAGAACCAUUUCCGUUUGAGCCAAACAGGUUGCAAGCUCUUCUGACUUUACAGUGGUUGUCUCAGCAUUACGAAGCAAUCGCAGGAGUGUCGCUGCCACGCUGUCUGAUAUACGCGCAUUAUUCUGAUUUCUGCUUCAAGAACCAGUUUCCCCCAGUGAACAGUGCUAGCUUUGGAAAGGUGAUCCGUCAGGUAUUUCCAGAGCUACAAACACGCCGUCUAGGCACACGAGGGCAGUCUAAGUAUCACUAUUACGGCAUCCGUGUCAAGGAAUCUUCACCUUACUUUGGGGUCUUCUUGGAGUCUCAGAGAGUGUCGCCAGCAAUCUACAGAUCCUCCUCACGGACUCCUCAUCUGCCAUCGCACGCUCAGUGGGAACAUCACUCCAUGAUUACAGAACAGUCCGAUAACCCAAACUCAGCAAUGACUUCUAUUUCAACACUGCUGCCAGAGUUCCCGACGGCAGCACAAACUCAGCCAUGGGGUAACCUCUCUUUUGAACAGGUCGAUUCUGUUAUAUCCGAGUACAGAAACCACUGCCAGGUUCUCAUUGAGCACAUUGUAAGAGGAAAACUGGAAGAGGUUCCCAAUGCAGUGCAUCGAUUCUGGAAGGAUUUGCCAGAGUCGACCCAAGCUAUCCUACGGAGCGACUGUAAGAAACUUUCUGACCUGAUUGCUGUGUGUGACAACAUCCUGUAUCAGAUAAUCGUCAAUGUUCUUAUACAGGGCACCGUGCAUCAACUUCCUCCAAGCUUGCUUCAAACUGUUCGCCACUUCUCCUGCACAUUCCAAAAAGUUGUUGAGGAAUCCUCCCCCGCCUUUUUCGAGUCUUUGCAUCUCAGACGAAUGGAAGUCGCAAAGAGAUUUUGUCAUCUUCUGAAGAGGAAAACAUCUUUGUCUCAUCUUGCUCAGGCAACUCGUACUGUGCUGAAUACCAAAGUGACCGUGACCCAGAUGUGCCAUGACUGGCGGAAGAGGACGGAGCAGAACACUGUGUGCUCCCAGCUCAUGUGGACAAUACCGGGAAGCUCACCAAAUGUCAAGACAACGGUCAAGAAAUGUUUUUCUGAGUUGGCGCGGCUUUUGGAAAAGCAUGCCAGUGUUGAGGACCACAUCAGAUGGCUGCACUCAGUAAGAAGUAAAUGCCUGAAGAUGGUUGGUGAUGAGGAAACUGCGAAGGAAACUGCAGAAAGAAACUUCCUGCUGCAGUGGUCUUACGUCUGUAAUCUUCUUAUUCGAGAUCAAACUCUGAGGAGUGCAACGAGCUUUGGCUCCUUCCACCUUCUGCACCUGUUAUACGAGGAGUAUCUACUCUACAUGGUUGAUGUCCAGCAGAAUCAGAAGAAAGAGAGAGCUCUCUGGAAGAAGCUGUUUGAUACAGAUACAGACGUUCCCAGCUAUUUCCUAACCUCAUCCAACACCAGCGACUUUGAGACUCCAAAAGGUCUUCCCGACGCGCCUGAUCGUCUGUACCACUUGGCUCCCACAUCCCUCCUGCCCCCCGCUCAGCCCUGCCGAGUGUCCCAUGAGUACGCCACUGGUCCAAGAGAGACCCAGUAUUUGUACCAACCAUUUGCGACAACCUCCUCCGGGGGACUAUACAUCAAACCGUGUGCAUCAACAGCGAAAUGCCCAACUCCUAGUAGCCCAGUUAUCGAGAAAAGAGUAUCCAUCACGUCCGGACCGUCACCCACAGCUCUUGCCCCUGCUACCCCUCCGGGAACCCACACUGGGUACAGUGCAACAACAUCCUCAAUGUUUCUGAGCCAGACACAGACCACUCCAAAGAUGCCACACAAGAGGGACACGGAGUUCCUCAGUAGCAGCCUCCAGUGUCGCAGCCCAAGCAUCGCAGCCGUACCUCAUGGUCCUGUCACACUCCUAGGCUACCAGCAGCAAGUGGUAACGCAACCACAGCACCCUACUGCCGUACAUGACGUUAUUACCAAAUACCAAACCAGGAAUGAACCCCCCCCUCUCCAGCCGAUCAAACAAACCCACCUUCAAGAUGUAUCGGGCAAGAAGAACCUGUUGACUGGGCCACAACAUAAAUUGCUUGCCACAAAGAUAAUUAAGGCUGUUCCAAUUCCGGGCGGUACUCCAAAAGCAACGGCAGAGUCAAAGCAGAAGCCACUUUCUUUCCAGUUCUCUAUAACGACAAACCAGAAACUCAACCUAGCAAAGGGACAGAUGUUAACGACGACAACUGGCGAACGCUACCUGAUCAAUGAAGUCACAUCGUCUACAUAUGAAGGGGACGGUGCAGCACAGGACAAAAGUGUGGAUGGAGGUCAACAGGGGAAGUAAAAAGAAACAACCAUGGUUUGGAAUUUGUGAUAACUAUCGAGUCUCACACUGAAGUUUUGUAUUGGAUGCAAAUGUGGAAAACAAUUUGAGAGGUUCUGCAAAACACAACACUCAACCUGUGAGAGUUUCCACAAGAAUUUCUCGCCCAAUCCGACAUAAAGUUUUGUAUUGGUUGCAAAAGUGAAGGUGAAAUGAAUCGAUGGAAAAUAUUCAAGUGAAUCUACAAAACCAUAGUACUCAGUCCCUCAGCCUGUGAGAGUCUCCACAAGAGUUUCUCGUCCAAACCGACAAGUUUUGCAUUGGAGGUGAAAUGGAUCGAUGGAAAAAGUAGAUUCAAGCAGAACUACAAAAACACUCAACCAGUGAGAAUUAGUCACAAAAUGACUCCAUGUGAAGAGGAGAACCGCCAUGACCUUUUGGAAAAAAAAAAAAAAUGUUCUUGCUUCACAGCUAUAAGUUACAACGGCAAAUGCUGUAAUGUGCUGGAUGAUUUGAACACAGAUGCGUAAAGCGAGGCUUCUGGGAGCUACUUCAAUUUAGAACCGACGUCCGUUGAUAUGAAAAGAACGACAAAGAUUGAUAAAGGGGAUAGCCUAUGUUAGAUUCCUGAACAAUGAUUUCUGAAAACAGUGAACUGGUUAUCAAGCUAACUAAUGUGAAUUUAGAGUGAAGUUCAUUUUCUUAUAAAAAGUUGUGUUUACAUUGUUACAUUUUACAAACAAAAAAACACUGUUUCUUAUUAUUUCCUCUUUUUGCAAGUUAAGUGUUUGAAAUUUUUAAAUUUUCUACUUGUUGAUUAAGUUCCUGAAGGAGACGUCGUAGUAAAAUACUAUGGAAAGAUUUGGUAAAACUAGUAAAACAAUGACUCAAAGUGACUAAUUGCUUGAAUUCUUGGCUUUGAUUCUUAUCUGAGACCCUUAAAUUUAUCAAAAAUGUACACAAUUUAUUUCAUCUUUUCAUUAAGUUGUUCAU